CUUAGCUGUGACAAAAGCUGGUCGGAAUAAAUAGCAGACCAGGUUACAGUGUUUUGCAGGGUUCAAAUUACUGGAAUGUUGCAAAACAUAAUGCGUAUUACUACAAUGGUUCAAACUUGGGAAUCUAGGCUAGUAUAGUUAAUAGAUCCCCUCCCCCCCCCAAAAAAACGGUAACUGUUUGUUAAAUCGAUUGCUUCUGCACGGGCGCUUUAGUGAUGCACGGGGAACGGAAGUGACUAUAGUUGUGAGGUGUUGUUAGACGAGAAAAAAUGGAGAUGUAAUUAUCCGACCCUCCUUAUGUGCCAUGGCCUGCCGGUGUUGCCAGCGCUGCGGGUUUUGCUCGCGCUCCUCUGUAUACACAUUACUCUUAGGGGCUGGGUUUGUGACUUUGGGCACCAGCCGCAUUCUCCUGGUCAGAUUUUCUGCUAAUGCAGAAAAUAAAUAUGACUACUUACCUGCCUCUGUCAAUGUCUGUGCGGAGGGUCUGAAACUAAUCUUUUGUAUAGCGAUGUCAUUGCGGGUCAUGAUACAAGAGGAACGGUCAUACAAAGACUGGGGCUGCUACUCCUGGAAAGAUUUUCUGAAUUACAUGAAAUGGUCCGUUCCUGCUUUACUCUACUUUCUUGACAAUUUAAUUGUCUUCUAUGUGUUGGCCUACCUGCAGCCUGCUAUGGCAGUGUUGUUUUCCAAUUUUGUCAUCAUUACAACAGCCCUUCUCUUUAGGAUCGUGCUAAAGAGACGUUUAUCUUGGGUGCAGUGGGCUUCUCUUGUGAUCCUGUUUCUCUCCAUUGUGGCCCUGACGACCGGGACUGGAGAGAGUCAGAACACCAUUGCUGCACAUGGAUUUCACCCCAACCCAUUCGUCCUUCCCUCCAACAGCUGCCUCCAUUUCACCAAGCUUGGAGACAAGCCCCUAAAUAGCAAUUCCACAGUGGGGGAGACAUUCUCAAGCUUCCCUUGGAACAGGGAGGCCUUCAAAAAGCUCAGUAGCUUGGGCCUGGGGCAUGUCCUCCUAAUAGUACAGUGCUUUGUGUCCUCCAUGGCCAACAUCUACAACGAGAAGAUCCUGAAAGAGGGGGACCAGCUAACGGAGAGCAUCUUCAUACAGAACAGCAAGCUAUACAUCUUCGGGGUGGCUUUUAAUGGCCUCACAUUGGUUUUAAACUCUGACUACCGGUCCCGAACCCAGCACUGUGGGUUCUUCUUUGGGCACAAUGCCUACUCGCUGGCCCUCAUCUUUGUCACGGCUGCCCUGGGGUUGUCGGUGGCGUUCAUCCUGAAGUUCAGGGACAACAUGUUCCAUGUGCUCACAGGCCAGGUAACCACCGUUCUCAUCACCACAGCUUCAAUCUUUAUAUUUGACUUCAAGCCCUCCCUGGAUUUUUUUGUUCAAGCCCCUGUUGUGCUGAUGGCUAUAUUCAUUUACAACGCCAGCAAGGCUCGGGACCCAGAGUACACUCUGCAGCAAGAGAAGCUGAGGGUCAUCAAUGGUGAAAUCUAUGAACGGUCCAGAGGGGAUGGAGAGGAACUGGAGCGGCUAACCAAGCCCAACACGGACACUGACACAGAAGAUUCGUUUUAGUUUCUUCUUGUAACAUGCUCAGAUACUAUUUAAGAGCAUUAGUGACCUGUGCCGGUGCUGUGAAGACAAGUUGUCAAGUGAACUUCGCUUGUCUGCGACGAGAGAUGGACAUUCCUGCACAUUGCUCAGGCAGUGGACAUUGUAACAGUACUGAUUCAUGCACCCAUUUCAUAAAACACAGCCGUAAUUUACAACAAGACAUUCAGAAUCAUUAUUGGUAAAACAUGAUCGUAAUAAGGCUAACAUGGCUUCAUUUCCAGUUUGAGUGGCUUUUAUUUAUAUAAUUUAAUGUGCAUUUAAACUGUGGGAAACAUGCUAAGUAUUAUUUGUGUUGUACAGCAUAUGGCAUUCUCCAGUUUUUAAAUCUGACAGAUAUGUAAUUUUGAAAUAAGUGGUGAAAAUAGGUCACAUUUCAUUUUUUUGAAAACUGGUUUGUGUCUUAUUUUUAACUGCUUUAAUGGUUUUCUUGCACAAUGUUGUAAUAUAUAAAUAAAUAAACACAUAAUUAUAAAAAACCUUAGUAGAAACAGUACUACUUUUUGUGUUUUUAUUUAUUUAUUUUAAUAGCUUACCAAAUCUGUUUACAUGUGAUGCAGGGUUAAAUGAUCAGUUUUCAAAAGAAAGCAUGCUAAUUGGUAUAUAAACCUCUGCCUUAGACCCUCCUAUAUCCAUGAGCUGCACUGCGCUACUCUCCUGUAUUCUGUGCUGACUAGACCCAGGAAUGUUGCAGCAGGUACCUCGCGCUAGACUUUGUACCUAGAGUAAAGCAGCAUUACUGUUACAAUGCCCUCCUAAUGUGAAAUUUACCCCAUAUUUGUCAGCGAAAAUUACAUUUUUUAAAUGGUUGAUUACAAGCAGUUUUUGUUCAGUCUUGUGUGUGCUUUUGAUAUCUUGUAACUUUUUUUUAUGGGAACACAUCCAUGCAUAAAAAAAGACACGCACUCCAUGUUUUCAAAUAUUGACUCAGAUCUUUGAAUGGGUGAUAGUAUAAAGGGUUUUAUUUGUCAUAUGGUACACACAUCCGCAUAUAAAUAAGAAAAUAUGUAAUGACUUUCAGGGGAAAGAAAUUGAACUUGCUUUUUCUUGUAUCAGCAGUACAGUGAUACAUACCUCUGUGAUCCUGAUUUUAAUAUGUGAAACGAGUCAAUAUCCAAUAAAUACAAAUGUAACAAAAAAAAAUUAAAA